UACAUGCUGUACAAGACGAGGAGGAGGAGCUACGGCGUGACGACGCAUGCGCAGAAAGCGGCAAAUUGGAAAUUACGUUUGAUUGUAAUUUCGAUCAUGAAUAUCAUCUGUUGGUGGCCUGCGUGUAUACUCUAUGCGAUACCGAUUGCAACCGGAAGGUCGGUGUACAAUGACACGUUUGAGCCGAAGUAUUCGGAACCUGCACUUAUUUUGACAGCUGCUGUGACGGUUGCCAAUCCUGUCUUGUAUGUUAUUUUGUCGAAGGAGUUUAGUACGACCGUUAGGAGAUUUCGUCGACGUGUUUGUUUGUAUUGUUCUUGCUUUGAUUGUUUUGAUAAAGAGAGAGAACAUUUAAGGAGUUUAACUGGUGUAAACAUUCGUGUGUACAGCAGCACGUCCGAACUCACCGACACAACUAGGUUGUUAGAAGACUACUCUGUAGCAGAUGAGACAAAUGAUAACGAACAGUCAAACUAGUUUUAGUCUGUAUACUCUACACUCAACUUCCUUACAUACUGACUUGUAUUUUUCUACCAAAAUUA